AUGGUCGCGAGGCGCCUCUCCCGCCACGGGAACUGUAUUGGACGUGGUGCUCGUCUUGAGCUCCUUGAGGAACAGGCAUCGACGCACGCUCCGAAUCCGGGGGAUGAUCGCGUGCAUGGGGCAUGCAUACCGAGCAGCACCCAGCAACCCGCGGGAGCUGCACCCGCAGCCGCCUCGCGGGCGUCGCCCUCGCCCGCCCCGCAGGCAUCGCCCUCGCCUGUGGCCGCCUCGCGGGCAUCGCCCUUGCCCGCCAUACGGGCGUCGCCUGAGCCCGCUUCGCAGGUGGUGUCUCCUGGGCCGGCCACUUCCUCUCCUGGCCCAGGAACUUCGGCGCUUGAUGGGUCGGCCUCGCCGGGCCACACACCGCCCGCCUCUCCAGCGCCAGAUGGCUCUGGCCGUGGCUCGCCGCGUGCAUGGCUCAUGCUGCUGAGGAUCCCACUGCUGAGCCUCGCCAUUUUCAGCCUCUGCUGCCUGUCUCUGCUCCGGGCUGGCUCCGCCGCGUCCGUCACCGCCGGCGCCACCGACGGCAGCGAGCUCUGGGGAUACGUCGAAGUCCGGCCAAAGGCUCACCUCUUCUGGUGGUACUACAAGAGCCCGCAGAGGGUGUCCACGCCGUCAAAACCAUGGCCCACCGUCCUCUGGCUGCAGGGCGGCCCGGGAGCGUCCGGCGUCGGGAUCGGCAACUUCCUGGAGGUCGGGCCGCUGGACGUCGACCUCAACCCCCGCAACUCCACCUGGCUGCAGAAGGCCGACCUCAUCUUCGUGGACAACCCCGUGGGCGUCGGGUACAGCUACGUGGAGAACGCCAGCGAGCUGGUGACCAGCGACUGGCAGGCGGCCGCGGACGCCACGGCGCUCCUCAGGGCGCUAGCCACGGAGGUGCCCGCCCUGCGGGAGGGCAGCCCGCUGUUCCUCGUCGCCGAGUCCUAUGGCGGCAAGUACGCUGUCACGCUCGGCGUCUCCGCCGUCCGGGCCAUCCGCGCCGGCGAGCUCAACCUCACGCUCGCCGGCGUCGCGCUCGGUGACAGCUUCAUCUCGCCGGAGGACUUCGCGCUCUCCUACGCGCCGCUGCUGCUGGACGUGUCGAGGCUGGACGACAACGCCGGCGACGCCGCCAAAGGGAUGGCGGCGACCGUGAAGGAGCAGAUCGCUGCGGGGCAGUUCGCCGCCGCGUGGAAGUCGUGGACGGACUUGCUUUUGUUUAUCGAGUCAAAGAGCGCCAGCGUUGACACCUAUAACUUCUUGCUUGAAGCCGGCAUGGACCCGGUGUCAGCGGCCUCUUCGUCAUCGGUGGCGGCGGCGAGCAAUGCCCAGACAAUGAAGUACUCGACGUACCUCAGCCGCAAGGAGGCUACAUCUAGCCCCAACACCUUAAGCGGCAUCAUGAAUGGGGUCAUCAAGGAGAAGCUCAAAAUCAUCCCCAGUAACCUCACGUGGCAAGGGAUAUCUGAGCUGGUCUACAACGCGCUGGUCAAUGACUUCAUGAAGCCUAGGAUAGACGAGGUUGAUGAGUUGUUGUCUUACGGCGUGAAUGUGACAGUGUACAAUGGCCAGCUUGAUGUGAUCUGCUCGACGAUCGGCGCAGAAGCAUGGGUGCAGAAGCUCAAAUGGGAGGGGCUAAAGAACUUGACAAGACUGCCAAGGCAACCCCUGUACUGUGGGUCCUCCAAGGUCACCCAGGCCUUCGUCAGAUCCUACAAGAACUUGCAUUUCUACUGGAUCCUUCGAGCCGGACACUUUGUGCCUGCUGACCAGCCUUGCAUUGCACUGAGCAUGAUAGGUAGCAUAACCCAGUCUCCGGCAAGUUAG